GCCAAUACCGAACAAGUGAUGAUGGUGACCAAUAAAUUAGUGGACCAUAAAUAUUACUGUGAGGAAUGUACGUUAGGAGCAGGGCAAUAUUCAGUCACAUUCCAUUCUUGCCGAAGUGUAACUGUAAGUGCGGAUCAACUAGAUAAAAGCUCGAGAGUACCAUUGGUGGAUGAGGAAACUGGAAAACUGACCAAAAGUUUCAGAAUGACGUUGAUGAAUAUUUUUGAUUUGUUCGAUUUUGAUGAGAACGGUACUUUGAGUCGAAGCGAAUUCGAUGCAUUCAACGUUGUUGCAAGUGAUGAGCAUGUUUCUGAUCAGGAGUGGGAUGUACUGCUGGAUAAUUUUGAGACUCGAAACGGUGAGCUGACAAUGAGCUCAUUGAUAGCACUCCAUCAGGUUGAAGCAGAUAACAAUGAUGAUUUGGAGGAGACUUGGAUCUCGCUCCAAUGUAUUGGCUACAACGCAAACUUAUCACUCGAAUUGAACUGUCCAUUGGUUUUCACGAUCCUUUCUGAACAAGAGCUUAGUCUCAGUGCGGUUGAACUGAGACUCUUCUCGUCUCAAGAAGAGCAGAUGAUAGCAGAUUAUUUUUGGGCAAACUCAAGUGAAUGCUCAUUCAAUGAUGGCAUUAAUAUAGGCUUAUGGAAGAGUGAAUACUUUGCUGUGUGUGUCGCUGGACCGAUGGUACUACCAGCUUCCAAUGAUUUAAUUUUCAAAAAAAAAAACAACGACUCACUCAAAAGGCCCGUAAACGAAAAACGAGCUCUAUGCGCCAUUCUCGAUAACUAA